UGUGACCAAUAGGAGAUGAGAUGGUUAAAGACCCCAGCCUCCAACUCCGAUUGAUUAGGAAAACCUGUGUGGGACAGGAUCAGAAUUGAGAUCUGGAACAGUUGGUUUGGUGAGUUUCUAGCCUGUUCUGAAGGCCUAAUUAAUGGCCGUCACACAAGGACUGCGCACAUCUCCACACAGGCUGAUACUGGCACGCACAAUCUGAGGCUUCGAAAUCAACUUUGGUUUAGUAAGUCUGGUAUUUCCAUAAGAACAUCCUGGAAUGGAGCUGCUGAUCACCGGUUAUUGAUUAUCAAACAAACAGCCUCAACGCUUGAAACAUUAUUAUUAUUAUUUUUUUGUUUGUUUGUUUUUUUGAGAAGAUGACGGAGAGACCGCAGAGUCCGACAGGAUCGGACUGCAGACCCUACGAGGUCAACAGGGCCAUGUACCCUCAAGCCUCGGGCCUGGAUGGACUUGGCGCUGCGUCCUUGCAGUUCGCGCACGGCAUGUUUCAGGAUCCAAGCCUGCUUUUAAACAAAGGCCAUUUAAACGGAAUCAGCCGCCCUGCGACACACCAAACCUUCUUCCCAUUUUCAGGCGAUUUUAAAACGAACGAUCUGCAAGGCGGUGAUUUUGCGCAACCUAAACACUGGUACCCGUUUGCUGCACCAGAGUUCACUGGGCAGGUCGCGGGUGCGACGGCAACCAUCCAGCCAGCAAACAUCAGCCCGCCUAUCGCUGAAACCAGGGAACAAAUCAAGAUUCAAGCUGUGGUAAAAACUGAAAAGGAUGUUGAUGAAUACCCCAAUGAAGAAAACAGGCUGAUGUCACAAUAUAAUCUCACUCCCGGGACAUCAUCCGUACCCAACGAGGUGAAUUAUUACACACCCUGGAACCCCCCGUUUUGGCCUGGUCUGUCUCAUAUCACGGCUCCAGCAAAUAUUUCUCUAGCUCCCCCGACUCCCUCCGCAUCAUCCCCAUCUCUGUCACCAUCUCCACCCGGAAAUGGGUUCGACAGCCCGGGAUUUUUCAACGGGGACCCAGCGCAAAACAUCCCUUCGGGUCAGGCGCAAAGCGCAGCCAGGAGCAGCGGCUCGUCCAGUGGAGGGUGCAGUGAUUCUGAGGAGGAGGAGAAUCUUACUACAGAAGAUUUGGAACGGUUUGCUAAAGAGCUCAAACACAAACGCAUCACUCUGGGCUUCACGCAGGCCGACGUGGGGCUCGCGCUGGGAAACCUGUAUGGCAAAAUGUUCAGUCAGACGACUAUCUGCCGCUUUGAGGCUCUCCAGCUUAGUUUCAAGAAUAUGUGCAAACUGAAGCCGCUGCUCCAGAGGUGGUUGAAUGAGGCGGAAAAUUCCGAAAACCCUCAGGAUAUGUACAAAAUUGAACGGGUGUUCAUAGACACAAGAAAAAGAAAGCGGAGGACUAGUUUGGAAGGCACAGUCCGUUCUGCUCUGGAGUCGUACUUUGUGAAGUGCCCCAAACCCAACACUCUGGAGAUCACGCAUAUAUCUGAUGACCUAGGCCUGGAGAGAGAUGUAGUACGUGUGUGGUUCUGCAACCGUAGACAAAAGGGGAAGCGUCUAUCAUUGCCCUUUGAUGAUGAAUGCGCUGAAGCACAGUAUUAUGAGCAGAGUCUACCACCUCCGCCCCAUAUGGGUGGCACGGCCCUCCCAGUGCAAGGCUAUCCUGGACCGGCCCAUCCUGGAGGAGCCCCUGCCCUAUACAUGCCAUCCCUCCACCGACCAGAGGUCUUUAAAAACAUCCUGCAUCCUGGACUGGUGGGUCACCUCACCAACUAAACCGGUGUUUGCCAAAUUUUAAAUCGAGAUUCUCCAAUCCAAGCUAUGCAUCAAAUCAGCCAUAUGAGUUUAUUUUUAUGUAAACAUUGCAUCUGUUUGAUUUUUUUCCAUAUGUCUUGGGACGCUCUGAUUGUAUAGUGUCUGAUUUAGACUUGACCUUGUUCACUAACAGCCUAAUGCAUUUGCACAUGAAGUCAAAGGUUCAAAUAUGAAUUUUAUAGUUGUUUUUAUGACUCCUGUAUCAAUUUUUAAUGUACAUAUGUUUGUCUUAUUCAAUAUUUGAUUUCCAAAGUAUAUUUCCAUAUUUGUCUUCCUACUUUGUAGUUCUCCACAUUUCUAUGUGAACUAGCAGCAAAUUCAAGACUUGUAUUUUGACUAAUUACUAUAUAUAUAUAUAUAUAUAUAUAUAAAAAUAAUUUGGAGACUUUUUUUUUUUUUUUUGAUUGUUUGCAAAGGACAUCAGUCACUGUUCUUUUUCUCUAAAUGCUUGCACUCACCAACUCCUGCCAACAAUUGAAAAUAAUUCUAGGUGUAAUUUUAUCCGCGUGAUUUUAUAGAUGAGAUUUGCUGCCAGUUUGGAAGCCUCUCUGUGGAGGUAGUGUGCCUUAUCGUUUUGUGUUCAUCAUGCAUGCUCAUCCCUAUGCAAUGUAAAUGAAAAGCCACAUUUGAUAAUUUAUUGAAAUUUUGCUCAACACAUACAAUAUCAUUGGGUAGCAAUUAAACCAUUUCAAUUGAC